CAUGUAUCUACUUCCGGAUAUCAAGCAAAAUCUCUUGGUGCGGUUUUGUUGAUUUUGUUGCGUUUAUUCUGCCAAUAUGGCGCAACCCGGGGGUCAGGGACUAGUUCGGCUGAGGAGACACAAUACUGGCAUACCAUGGGGGUUUCGAAUGCAUGGAGGACGAGAGUAUGGCCACGUCUUGUACGUUCAACAGGUGUCUCCAAAUGGAUUAGGUCACAAAGCCGGACUGAGACCCGGGGAUGCCAUCCUGCAAAUAGGCCGAUGUCCUGCUCAAAAUAUGUCCCACCAAGAGGCCAAAAUGGAGAUCAUUCGGGCAGGCAACGAAGUGGACUUUAUAGUUGAGAGGGGAGUGGUUAACGUCCCACAACAAGGCCAGGAUGCUCCAGACUCUGCCCAGCCCCGGACUGCUGUCGAGGAACGAUCACAGUUCCGUCCAGAGCCUGCACCAAGUGAGCCUCAAUCACAGUCUAGAUCUUUCAAACUAUUACAAUUGUCGUUGACGACGGCAGAACCACAGGAGAUGAUCCAACCCGACCCAGCCCUGCUUGAUCGUCAGAAGUGGAUUAUGGGAGACUUUGAGGAGGCUCAGCCGAAGCAUUACACACAGGUUGAAGAGGACGCUCUACCUGGUAGGGCAAAGCAGUUGGCAAACAGUGUUGAUGGUCCCCAACCAAUGCAACCAGUAACUUCUCAACAGUUUGUUGCUCCGAAAAAAUUUCAGUCUCCGACCUUGGCUCUGAUUAAUUAUCAGAACACACAUGCUAAGGUUGACGCAAUUUCAGAGCCUUUUCAGUCGCCUACACUUGAUGCUAUCAAUGCUGCUGCUCAUGAUGAAUCUUAUAAGCCACGUAGCCCCCGAGUGAGGCAAGCACAGGGACAUCCCCUGGCCUCCCCACCAAGUCCCCAAGCUGAGUAUCAUCCAGCUCCUCAGCCCCAGUAUCAACCACUACCCCAGUAUCACGCUUCUCCUGAGCCCCAAACCCAAGUAGCUCACGCUAAGACCUACCAACCAGAUGUUCUCUCUGAAAGUGGCAAACCUACCCCACGAGUGAAGAGCGUUAUUACCCCCGUUAGUCCAGUUAUAGCCCCUACUAGUCCCGUUAGUCCAACUAUAGCCCAAGUGAGCUCUUCUACGACUCAGCAACAAGCUACACUACCAGAGCAAGGGGGACCAAUGAGAGUAGUUUUAAAGCCACAUGAAACUGUUGUAGUAGGAUCAUCUGCGAAGCGUCAUGACCCCAAAGAUGCAUACAAGCAACUAGUUAAACCUCUCCAUGUACAACAGGCUGCAUCUGUGCAAGAACAACAAGCUCCUAAAGAAACUGUAAAUGUGGAACAAUCAAAACCUGAGCCCAAGGAAGUUCAUGAUGAGGCAGAAGGUAGGCGUCAAAGGGCAAGUGAAGAAGAAAAGAGGAAAAGGAGAGAAAAGAGGGAAAGAAAACGUUUCCGUCAGAGAGAACCAGAAGAGCCAGCAGUUGAACUGGCACAGCCUCCCAAAGGCCGUGUCCCUGAAGCCGAAACUGUUCCAAAGACUGCUGACCCUGUCCCCGUAGCUCCAGCUUCGGCUGAAGCUGUAGACGAAGCUAGUAUUCAACCAACAACAUUACCAAAUAAAAAGCAGCCACCGAGGCGAGAAGUACCACCGGAGGCACUAGAAAUAGAUGAUAUUCCAGAUGGGGCAUUGGUGUCUAAAUCAAAGCCUUCAGAAGCGCCAGUAGAAAUAGCAGUUGAAGAAGUUGUCCAACCAAUAGUUUUACCAGAUAAAAAGCACCCCCCUAGAGCCGAAGUACCUCCAGAGGCAUUAGCUGAUGAGGAAAUAGUGGAGAGAGAACCUGAAAAACAAAAACCGCCGAUUAGAAAAGAAUCAGAUCCAAAAGUUACAGAUACCAAUCUUAAAGCUGGUCAAAUCAAGGAGGACAACAAACCUGAAGAAUCAGAAUCGAAAACUAUAAACGAGGCACCAAAACCUGAAUCUCCCAAACAAGAACCAAAGUCUACACCUCCUGAAGAGGAAGUUAUAUCGUCACCCCCCAAAGAAGAGCCAAAACCGGAACCUCCUAGAGAAGAGCCCAAACCAGCACUUCCCAAAGAAGAACCAAAACAGGAACCUUCUAAACAAGAACCGAAAUCCGCACCUCCUAAAGAAGAACCGAAACCGGAACCUCCUAAAGAAGAGCCAAAACCUGCACCUCCUAAAGAGGAAUCAAAACCGGAAUCUCCUAAAGAAGAACCAAAACCGGAACCUCCUAAAGAAGAGCCCAAACCUGCACCUCCUAAAGAAGAAUCAAAACCGGAACCUCCUAAAGAAGAACCCAAACCUGCACCUCCUAAAGAAGAAUCAAAACCGGAACCUCCUAAAGAAGAAAUAAAACCGGAACCUCCUAAAGAAGAACCCAAACCUGCACCUCCUCAAGAAAAAUCAGAACCGGAACCUCCUAAAGAAGAACCGAAACUCACACCUCCAAAAGAAGAACCAAAACCGGAACCUCCUAAACAAGAACCGAAAACUGCACCUCCAAAAGAAGAACCAAAACCAGAACCUAAAGAAGAGCCAAAACCGGAACCUCCUAAAGAAGAAUCGAAACCUGAACCUCCUAAAGAAGAGUCCAAACCCGCAACUCCAAAAGAAGAACCAAAACCGACACCACCUAAGGAAGAGCCUAAACCCGCUCCUCCAAAAGAAGAAUCAAAAUCGGAACGUCCUAAAGAAGAGCCAAAAUCAGCACCUCCUAAAGAACAGUCAGGACCAGCACCUCCCAAAGAGGAACCAAAAUCGGCAUCUGAAACUAAAAAGGAAGAAAAUAAAGAGGAUGUUCAAAAAAAGAACGUCACUAAGGAUAAAAAAGAAAAUGACACUAAAUCUAAACCAGAAACAAAGAAAAUUGAAAACAAGGGAAAACCUCCUCCCAAAAAGUUUGGAGGUGGUGGACUUUCAGAUAUGAUGAACAGGUUUGAAAAGGGGGGAUCAUCCAAUUCUAAAAAGGGACCUGCUCCUAAACGAUCAUUAUAUUCCUAG